UUCUGAUCAGUUGGUGUCCUCUCAAGAUGCGUCUGUAACAGUUAAUCCCAAAAGUAUUCAUGUUAAUGAAAGAAUCAUUUGUCUUUGAAGAUAAAGCGAUGCAACAGGAUGAACAUUUUUCUAAAAAAUGAAUUUUCCAGUAACAGCAGAAUAAAUUCUGGGUAAUUUCAUAUUAAAAUGAUCAUUUAAAUGCUAAUUCUGCAUUGAUCUGCUGGACUGUUCGCCAUCACAGAUUGACUUUCAUGCAGGGUGGUCCAAAGUGCGGUCUGGGGAUUGAAAACAUUUUUUAGCCCAGACUAAAAUGGAAGCUAUUCUUGGUUCAACCCAACAUGUUUGUUUUUGCUCAUUGGAGGAAACAGAACCUCAAACAUCCAGGAAGUUUGACUCAAAACGGACUUUGGUGAGAAAAGGUGGAGUUUUUAUUUCUGUUUUUGUUGCUGAGAAUAAACACCAAAAAUGGAGAGAAAAUAAUAUAAAAAUUGAAUUUUAAAAUGUUGUCAGAUUUUCUUUUAAACAAGGUAAACCUGCAGGUUCAUCAUGAAACGAUUUACAGUUCAGUUUUCUACAGAAAUCAAACUUCUUAACUUUAUUAGGAUUUUGUUUUGUUUAUACUUAUGCAGGUAAAAAAACAUUUUGCUAAAUUCCGUUAAUUUACAGUUUUGACCCACAUGGCAAAAACUGUUUAAUAUAAUUAGAUCAUUUAACAACUACGACCAAAUAACGUGAUUGAUGAAGAGGUCAGAUGCUCAACCAGAUGAUAUUAUUGUGUUAAAAUUAAUUGUUGUCAGUGGAGUCAAUUCAGAUUAAAUUACUUUUUUUUUGUUGCAUUCACUGCAAAACCAUGAAACCCUUCCAAGUAUUUUUUCUAGUUUCUGGAGCAAAUAUGUCUUGAAAUAAGACCAAAUUAACCUAUGAAUAACUUUUCUGCAUGAUAGUUUUGAAGAGGAUAUUUUUUCAGUGUUGGUGCGCUUCUCUGAUCAAAUUAAAAUUCUCAUAACUUCAACCUGCACAACAUUUACUAAUCAUGGCAGCACUUCCUUCUUUGAAAAUCCUUCUGGAGCUCCAGCUGUUUUAGCUCUUCACCUUUGACCUUCAGUCAAAAUGGACGACACACCUGGUGAUGAAUAUUCAUUCCUGUAAAACCAACAGUCUUCAUUUCAUCGCUUCGGUUACUACAACCAUAACUAAUCAUUAAAAUCACUUCAUUUAUGCAUUUCUUCAUCAUUUUUGCAGAACUUUCCUCUAGAUUGAAUAUUUUCUCUCAGAUGAAACUAAUUUUUUACGCUGUACCCAGAUGGAGUUUCUGAUGUUUGCUAUAAAUGAAUUCCUUUUCUUUCUUUCUAUGAUCUGCAGUAAAAACUAAUUACCAAUUGGUACCGGGCCGCGCAAGAAAUAAUUAAAUAUUUCCGUUUUAUGAAUUAUUUGAGUGUGGAGGAUCUUUUAUUUUGAAAGUCCUUUAACCGGAUUCUCUCGGUUCCGUCUUGCCGCCAACAUGGAGCCACAAGCAGCAAAAUGAGUCAGAAACGGAUCAGAUUGUUUGUAAAGUUUCUUUGCGAAGGGAAAAGGCCCAGAGAAGAGACAGGAGGAUGGAUUUAUCCCGGCAGGUGAUUCCCACAGUCCAAGCUCUGCAUGAUAUGGUGACCGGAUGUUAAUGAGGCAAUGAAGCUUCAAGCUGCUUCUCCACUAGAGACCAAGAACCCUGAGCAUCAGCAACACUUCCGGUCUCAUCGUCUCUCGUCUCUCCCAGAUGGACCGUCUGGUUGCAGAGAAACAAGCUCAGGGCUCCAUUAGUCGUUAUCCUGAGUUAAAGUUUUCACCAAAGUAAAAUGUUUGUUUUUGUGGCGCAUCUGUAUCUUAUUUUGAAGGGAUAUUAAACGUUACCAUAGCGACCAGAGUCAGAGAGCGUUAGGGCAGUGGAGAGACGAGACGAGAGGAGUUUGUGAGUUUUAGGUCUGGUUCACACCAUUUAAGGAUUGUGGGCCGAUUUUCCAGACCUCUGUGACCACAGAGCCGAUAAAAGUCCAACAGGUUCGGUCGGUUCGUGAGUCCAGCAGCAACACACCACAGAACCGAUUCCAGAAGAAAAUCCAGUAAAACCCCCAACAGACCAAACAUGAAUUUAGAAUAAUCAAACAGGAUGACGAUGUAGAAGCAGCAGUGAUAGUUUGUGGCUCAUUUUAAGCGAUAAAAAACAAAAAGAAAAGAUGUUUGAUAAAAGAUGGCGGAGCAGCUGCUCUAUUUGCUGCUCUAUGAUUUGGAGGUGAGUUAUGUUUUAUCAUAGUUAACAUUUUAACUGAAUAAUCAUAACCACAUAUAAUAAACAUAUAUAAAAAUGACAUUUACAUAUAGUAAUAAACAUUUCCACAUAUCACCUCUGAUGUCUCAGUUGCCAUGACAACUGUCUGGGAUCCCCUCCGUUCUUACGUCACCGCGCUUUCUGAUUGGCUAUCUGUCACAUUCAACAGGCUGCGUUUCGCUCCCAGUCAGUAAAAACCCCACAGGCUGGAUAAUCGGGCCGAGACAAAGUUGAAUAUGAACGAUUGUAGAUCGGACAUAUUCAACACAUCACCACGUUACACAGCACACGCUGCAGGACGCUGGAAGACUGUCGUAAAGGGAAAAUCGGGGCAAUAAAACAAAAAGGCUUUAGUGGGAACACCAACAUGCAGAAGCAUUUCCCCCCCAAACCCCCGGCUGCAGCAAAACUGCCAAGUCUUGACCGGUCCGCGGUAAUAAAAGGUUGGAGACCACUGGUUUAGAGGAAUGAACGCUUUGCUCCUUUCUGUAGGUUUUAAAACAUGUUUUAUAGUUUGAUUGUUUAGGAAAUGCACCAGAACCAGAAUAAAUCUAUAAAUGUCUGCCUCACUUUUCGGAGUUUUAUUUUGGAAGGCGUGCGUCAUGUUCCUCCCACGUCACAGCCGGGCGCUGCUCCGGUUUGAAGGGGUCAGAGUUCACGCAGAGGCUGGACGUGGGCAGACUGACCUCUGGUAGGACGCCCCGACCCAGGAGCGGAGCGGCUGCAGGAUGAAGGCGCUGCGGGUCGGACUCACCCUGGUUCGGCACGGAGAGACAGAGUACAACAAGGCAGGACUGUUACAAGGCCAGGCCGUGGACUCCUCCCUGUCAGAAGCGGGUCUGCAGCAGGCCGCGGCUGCAGGCUCUUACCUCAGAGACGUUGGCUUCAGCAACGUGUUCAGCAGCGACAUGCGGCGCGCCCGGCAGACUGCUGAGAAGAUCAUGCAGCAGAACAGCAGCUGUCUGCGGCUCCAGAUGGUGUGUGACCCUUUACUAAAAGAGAAAAGUUUUGGGGUCGCAGAAGGCGGACGGGUUGAGGACCUCAGAGACAUGGCCAGGGCGGCGGGGGAACCGUUCCUGGAUUUCACCCCUCCGGAGGGCGAGACUCCAGAUCAGGUGAAGCUGCGGGUCCAGCAGUUCAUGGAGAAAAUGCUGCAGCAGAUCGGGGCAGAGCACUGGCCUGCAGGGGGCGCUGAUGUCUCCUCUGCUGAGGGGGGGCUUGAUGACGGCAUAGGGGCCCUCCACGCCCACGCGCUGGUUGUCUCCCACGGCGCCUACAUGUGCGUGGCGGUGCGUUACUUCGUGGAGGAGCUGCGGUGCAGCGCCCCUACAGGCUGCGACAGGAAGCGCAUGUUCUCGCUGAGCCCCAACGCGGGGAUCUGCAGGUUCAACCUGACGGUGGCCCGGCAGGGGGCGCGCUUUGUGGUGUCAGGCAUGCGCUGUGUGUUCAUUCACAGGGUGGGGGGGGCAAAGCAGGAUGAAUAACCUGCUCAUGAUUUAUUAAUGAAUUUAUUUUAGUGAAGGAAACCCUCAUUGUCUACAGAAGAUGAUGGUGGCACAAUGUUUAGUUUUAUCAUAAACAGGCUCAACAAAAAGACAUAAAACACAAAUAUUAAUAUUUGAUUAUCAUUUAUAAUCAACGGGUAAAAAUAAAUUGACUGAACCAUGAGAGUUUUCCUUUUUUAUAUGUUCUCAAAGUCCAGGUUGAAAAUAUGAAUAAGAAAGAUUUAUAUUGGUUCAGUAUUUUAUCAUCUGAAGAAACUGUAACUGUUCAUGAAUGUCUGCUGUAUUUAUUUAUGCAUUUACUGCAUUAAACUCUGCAGCUGAUUACAGUUUA